CCCAGCCUGAGGUGACGGCCGCCGCCGGCGGGGGCGCCGGGCGCAGGAGCGCAGGGACCCGCGGCGGCUCUGUCCCGGGGCGGAGGGUCCCGCUGCGCACGCACCGCGGCCGGUGCCUGGACAGAGCCCCAGGACUGCCAGGAAGAAGGAGGAGAAAUCCAUUUCCUGGAGCCUGAGUGUGGCCUGGGGACCGGCCGUGGGUCCCAAAAUGCCCCUGCCUGAGCCCAGCGAGCAGGAGGGCGAGAGCGUGAAGGCUGGCCAGGAGCCGCGCCCACAGGGCCCCGAGCCGGGCACAGAUGUCGUCCCCACGGCUGCUCCCAAGAAGCCCAGGAAGUUCUCCAAGCUGGUCCUGCUGACAGCGUCCAAGGACAGCGACAAAGUGGCCGCGGCCAAGCGCAGAGGGGUGCACUGCAUCAUGUCUCUGGGGGUGCCCGGCCCCACCACCCUGGCCAAGGCCCUGCUCACGAUCCACCCCGAGCCCCAGCGCGCCAUCGAAGCGGCCCCCCAGGAGCCCGAGCAGAAACGCAGGAAGCUGGAUGCAGGCUCCCUUGCAGGUACUGCAGCAGGUCAACAACCCCCUCAGCUGCCAUCCCACCUUCUCCCACUCUGGCUCCAUCCCUGGCCAGGCCCUGGGCAUAGCAUCAGCUUCCUACUCCUCAGCCCAGAUUUGGCCCCGAGUUUCCUGGAAGUGACUUUAGCAGCCUCUGUGGCCUUUGGGAGCGUGUGUCUGCAGUUGACAAUGUUCUAAGUCGAAGGAAAAGAAGACAGAAGGUUGGCAGGGGGGCCCGCUCCCAGCCCCACAGUGGGCGGGGAGGAGUCCUCCGUGGGGCCCAGCGAGACUCCGUAACCCUGGCAACGGCCGGCAGGCGUCCUUGAUGGCUCAGUGAACUUGGCUGUGACUUCUCCUGCCUGGGGCCCAGCCCCAGCUGAUUUUCACUGACAACAUUGUGUAAUGUUUUUCAGCUCAAGCUCAAGUUACUUUUGUAAGCAGAAUGAAAGAUUAAAAUAAAAUAAAAUA